AUGUCGGAUGACGAGUUCGAGGAGAAAAAAGCCAAAAUAGGAGCGAAAGCCAGGACAACCGGUAGGAAAGAGAAGUAUGGAGCGCUAGUAAUGGUUAUUAAUUGUGGUGAAACGAUGAAUGAGAUGGAAGACGGUAGAAGCCAUUUUUCCAUGGCAAAAGAAGCUGCAGAUUGGAUUCUUUCGAGAAAGAUCUUCACUCAGUCGAAGGACAAGGUCUCGAUCGUAUUAUUUGGAACUGAGGAGACGAGGAACAAUCUUGAUUUACCCAAUAUAUGUGUACAGGAUGAAGUGUUGUCUCGCAUCAGUUUUGAUCACCUUCGUUUCCUUAAUAGGGAAGUUAGUAACAACUCGAAGUUCGUUGGAAAUGCUGUUGAUGCGCUUGUCGUAGCAGCCGACUUUUUGCAUCAGCAGACCGAAGGCGACGCAGCCGUACAAUCGAAGAAUAUUCUGCUGUUCACGAAUGGCUUGGCAAAGUGCCAUGAUGAUAAAACAAAGGUAUCUGCCUUAAUCAAUGGAUUGAAUGCCAUGGAUGCUUCGCUAGUUGUAAUAGGUGUUGACAGUGAUUCAGCUAAAGGACACGGUAAGGAAAAAGCUCCAUUGUUAGAUAUCGUCAAGCGAACUGAAGGGAUGAGCUACGGCUUCAACAGAGCAAUUCGUAAGAACUGGGAAAUAGCGCCAGGAGUUCGUCUUCCACUCGCCAUGUACACAAAAUCAGUAGCUGCAAAGAAUCCUCUGAAGAGCGUGCUUGUAAAUGAGGAGGGAACAGAGAUGCAUAGACAAUCGCGUUUUAUAAGUACGGUUAAAUCGAGUGAUAGCGCGACGGAGGCGAAACUAUCACAAUUCGUCGAUCUAACAGAAAAAGAGAAGAGGAUACAAGUGUACUACUUUGGAGACACGAAAGUUCCGAUAGAGGAAGAAGACGAAACUCGUUACAAUCGACAUAAUUUCAACGAGGGUGAGCAAAGAGGUUGCAUGAAGCUCAUCCAGUUCACGAAAAGGGAAAACAUAAAAGAGUGCUACUUCAUCGGUCGUAAUUCUUUUGUUGUUGUUCCUGGUUGGGAAAAGAAGACGUCUGAAAGGGAUCUGGAAGCGAUGCCUGCGACAUUGUCACUGAUCUCUGCUAUGUUAGAGAACGAUGUCGUGGCUAUCUGUCGAUAUGCUCCUGACGCCGCCAAACAUCUGCAGUUGAUGGCAUUAAUUCCUCAUCGAGAUGAGGAGCUCGAUAUGAUUUAUCUCCAAGCUUUGCGUCUACCGUUUGCCGAGGAUAUGCGUCCCUUCAAUUUUGUCAAUGUUUCUGAAAGCUGUCCAAAGCCAAAUCAUAAGCAAGUUAACCUGAUUGAUGAGCUCAUCGAUGUAAUGCAGUUCAACACUGAAAACGGGUGUAUGGACCCUGAGUGUGUCUUGAAUCCAUUUUUUCAACGACAGUGUACGGCUAUGAAGCUGAAGGUGUUCAACAAUAUCAACAAUGACGAUUCGAAGAUUGCUGACUUGAUUGCACCGUCGUUGUUCCUGAAGCGAGGGCUUGAGCCGAGUUCAGAAUUGUUGAAAAAAGCAGAGCACGUUCUAAAUGCAGUGGGUGCUGAUGACACCGGAUUCAAUCUACAGGAGGUUGUCAAGGCAAAAAGAAUCAAACAAGAAAUUCGACAAGAAGACAUUUCGGAGUGGCUGGCUGAGUUAGAAGCAGUCCAAGAAGAUAGCAAACCAUCAGUGGAGGUCAAGAAGCGUCCCCAAAACCGCUUUAUUGAUCGUGCUCGAGCUCGUCUCAGUGAUAACUUCGAAUACCAUAUGUCAUCGCUGUUGGAGGAAGUGGUCGUCAUGGUUUCUGCUGAAGACGAGGAAGCUGAACAACUUUACGAGAUUGCUCGCGGACGUAUUGCGUCUCUUCGAAGCUUGGCAAUCGAGUUCGGAAAACCGAAUGAGUUCAAUGAGUGGCUUCUGUUUUCAAAGACUCAAUGGCCGGAGUGGGCGCGUUUCUGUGCAUCAACGGUUGGCAUGUCAUCUCCUGGACUUUAUGAGAAGGUGUCACCCACGCUCACUAUAGAAUCUGUGGCAGCAGAGGUCAAACAGUUGUCAACCGCCACUGUGAGCGAUGCUGACUCUGUACUUGUAAAGGAAGUUCUACGAAAGGUGAUGGUCCAGAAAAUCAUAUAUCCACUAGUAAGAGGAGGAGAAAUCGUUGUAGACAACCCUGUUCACCAACGAGAAGAUACGGUAGAAAAUGUGCUCGAUAAGCAAAACGACAGAAUUUGCGCGUAG